AUGAUCACCGAACUCCUGAAUUUCACUGAUGCCCACAAACGCUGUCAAGAUGAGGGUGGGAUACUGGCCGAGAUUCCGGACAUGGAGGCACAGAGAGCCAUAAAUGAGAAGUUCCCAUUCUACUGUAAUCCUGAUAUCUGGAUCGGUGUGAAUGACAUUGAAGAAGAAAAAAACUUUGUGAACAUGUUAAACGAAGCAGUUAGUUAUAAAAACUGGUAUUCAGGUGAACCAAACAAUAAAGACCCUAAGUUUAUUGAUGACGACGGUGAUUGUGUACGGAUUUCAUCGGGAGUUUGGCGAGACGCAUCCUGUUCUAAUACCUUCCCUGCCCUCUGUUCUCAAAGACAAACCAUUGAGUGUAAGUGUCCCUGUUCAAGAAUGAAGAAUCGGGUCAUUAUCAAAAACGAGGAAGAGUUACUAACGAAGAUCGACAAAAUGAAAAAGGAACUCGCCGUCAAAAUAUCCCUGUUGUCUAGCUCCAUCCGGAAGAAGACUUGCGCCGUAGAUCCACGGCCGUCCGCCUCCAUCGUCGGCGGUACCAUAAGCGUCGUAAUCAUUGCUACAGUCGUCGGUCUUAUUAUUCUGAGUGAUCUCACUCGGGUGAUUAACUUCUGCUGGAAAAUCAUCUUAAAACGUUGUAAUAGAAAAACAAGAGCGGCGCAGAAAGGAAUGGUUUAG